CAUGAUUAAUUUGAUGAGUCUCUGCCAACCCAACCUGCCAACCUGCCAAGAUUAGUGUUCUUAGAUUAAAGCCGGUCACAUAGUGACACGUACAUAUUAUUUUUGAAUUCAUUUUUAAAUAUGGAAUAUAUAUACCGGGUGCCGUUUUCAGUGUUGGAAGUGCCUAACUUAAAGUUAAAAAAGCCAUCAUGGUUUACAAAACCAAGUGCUAUGGUUGUGUUUUCAUUCAUACUUUUGUCAUAUUUUCUAGUAACAGGAGGUAUAAUAUAUGAUGUAAUUGUGGAACCGCCUAGCGUAGGGUCAACAACUGAUGAACAUGGUCAUACACGUCCAGUAGCAUUUAUGUCCUAUCGUGUAAAUGGACAAUAUAUUAUGGAAGGAUUAGCGUCUAGCUUUCUUUUUACUUUAGGUGGUAUUGGAUUUAUAGUAUUGGAUCAAACGCAUAGUCCAUCGACCCCUAAACUUAAUAGGAUUCUUCUAAUAUGCGUUGGAUUUAUUAGUGUCAUUGUUUCAUUUAUCACUUGUUGGAUUUUCAUGCGGAUGAAAUUACCGGGAUAUCUACAAUCAUAAAAUUAAUCCAUUUGAAAGUUAUGUGAAUUGAAACUUAACACUUUUUAGGCAUAUAAAAUGUAAUAUGUCUGAGCAACGUGUACUGCUACAUUUUAUAUUACUUCGUUGUAUAUAAGGUAUGUUGAUGAGAUUAAUUUACAAACAAUAUUAUCAUGAAAAUAUUUUUUAAAUACAUCUUAGAUAACAUAAGGAA